ACUUGACGCAGCCGUGUCAACUACUCUCCCGAUACUAGUGUAGUGAAGGCGUAUUUGGAGGGAUAAGGAUAACACGCUCGACCGCUGUGGGCGAAAUGACACCGCUCCUGCUGCUGCUACAGAAACACACUGACUGACUGACUCACGUGAAACCGGAGGGACUGCCUCGCGACUGUGAGGCGUAAAUGGCCACAACACUCCCCAAAAGAAGACGCUGCCCGUGAGGAGACAACCUGUGCACCAAAAGCGUCUUGGAAAUUAGGACGCGUUUUUGUAGUAAAUUAGACCCUUUUUCGCACAACGGGAGUUUCUGUGACCGAUUUUUUUUGAGGGGGGGGGGAUCUUGAUUUAAAGGCUGCAAACAUGGACGAGGACAACCAAGGUCUUUCGGAAAGGGAAGAGAAGGCCGAGCAGAGUGGAAAGGAAAAGGGAGGGUUGGAACAAUUAUUACCUGAGGACCUGUCUUUGGAGGAAAGAGAUGAGCUGUCAAACAUACGACGCAGGAAAAAAGAGCUUCUGGAUGAUAUUGAACGGCUGAAGUUUGAGAUUGCAGAGGUGAUGACUGAGAUCGAGCAGUUAACCUGUGUGGGGGAGAGCAAAACCACGCAAAGAAACAAACAGAUCGCCAUGGGGAGGAAGAAGUUCAACAUGGACCCGAAAAAGGGGAUCCAGUUUCUUUUGGAGAACGAUCUUCUCCAGAACACCCCAGAGGACAUUGCACAGUUCCUCUACAAAGGCGAGGGGCUCAACAAAACAGUCAUCGGGGACUACUUAGGGGAACGGGAUGAUUUUAACAUCAAGGUCCUCCAGGCAUUUGUGGAGCUUCAUGAGUUUGCAGACCUCAACCUCGUACAAGCCUUAAGGCAGUUUCUGUGGAGCUUCAGACUUCCUGGCGAAGCCCAGAAGAUUGAUCGUAUGAUGGAGGCGUUUGCCUCCAGGUACUGCCAAUGCAAUCCCGGCGUCUUCCAGUCUACAGACACCUGCUAUGUCCUAUCGUUUGCCAUCAUUAUGCUGAACACGAGCCUGCACAAUCCCAACGUCAGAGACAAGCCCCCCGUGGAGCGCUUCAUCUCCAUGAACAGAGGGAUCAAUGAGGGGGGAGACCUUCCAGAGGAGCUACUCAGGAAUCUAUACGACAGCAUUAAGAGUGAACCCUUUAAGAUCCCAGAGGAUGAUGGGAAUGACCUAACGCACACGUUCUUCAACCCAGACAGAGAGGGCUGGCUGCUUAAAUUAGGGGGCCGAGUGAAAACCUGGAAGAGAAGGUGGUUCAUCCUGACGGACAACUGCCUCUACUACUUUGAAUACACAACAGACAAAGAGCCUCGUGGGAUCAUUCCGCUGGAGAAUCUCAGCAUCAGGGAGGUGGAGGAGCCCAGGAAACCUAACUGUUUUGAGCUCUAUAACCCCAAUCACAAGGGCCAGGUGAUCAAAGCCUGCAAGACGGAGGCAGAUGGGCGUGUUGUUGAGGGCAAUCACGUGGUGUACAGGAUAUCAGCGCCCACGCCGGAAGAGAAAGAGGAGUGGAUUAAAUCUAUCAAGGCCAGCAUUAGCAGAGAUCCCUUCUACGACAUGCUGGCGACCAGGAAGAGACGCAUCGCCAACAAGAAGUGAAGAGACACAGUCUUCUCAAACUCCACCACCUCCAUCUUUCUCUUCUUCAGUUCACAUAAACCACACACCACAGAAAUGACUGUCAAUCCCAUAAAGACUUCACCCCUGAAGACAAACCUCAGUUUCUACCCCGAACUGUCUACAAGUCAUGAGCACUUGCUGGGGAGACGUCACACACUAUUGAGGGGACAGCACAGCUCCAGGAAACUCAGAUAAAUGGACUUGAUUCUUGCAUGGAGCAGCACAUGAACAACCAACCAGCCACUUUGCUUCUCCUCCAUCUUAUACACACCCCCUACCUUUCAUGACCAUGAGAGGGGGCUCUCAUGGUCAUAACAUGUCUCUAGGUCUCCCUAAAGCACAACUGCCAUGUUUCAGGUGCACAUGCAUGCAUGUGGGUUAUUAUAGACCAACAAUGUUUGUGUGUGUAUGCAGCAGUGUGCAUGCUAUCAAUGCACACAGCAUCUACAGUAUGGAAGCAUAAGUCAUACAAGUGUUCCCUCAACUGUGCUUUAUGAAAAAUUCAUAAUUCAAAAUCAGAUUCAGAGUUCAGAUGUUUGGUCAGCUACACAGGGAUGUGAAAUGUGCGGGUGAAUAGAGACGUUUUGGAGGAAGAAGGAUGGGAAGAGGAGACACAUUUGGGAGUUGGUGGGUAGAUCAGUGCAGUAUAACCUCACCUGGACCAUGUCGACAUCUCACUCUGGUGCUGAAUUCUUCUCUACAGGUGCCAUGGCUGAAGCUCUGCUUGGAGUAACCUCAGAAAACAGCGCUGGCUUACAUUUAGGUUCCUAACAAAGCAUUACAGUCUUGAGUCAGCUGGGCUGAUUUCCCUUAUUUGUGCACAGCAGAGAAUUUUGAAAUGUGCAUACUUUUUUAUUUUUGUUGAGUAGAAAUGGAGCUUUUGCUGCAGCUUAAGGUGAAACUUGCUUUUUGGACUUAAAGAUGUAAUCCUUAAGAUUUCAGUCCUAGUUGAUUUGGCCAGACCUGUGUUUAAUGAUGGUAACAGUAAGUGCGGUCUAAUACUAGAGCAAACACUCGUUGAGCAGCCACUUUGUCAGAGAUGCACAGAAGAGCAACUGGUGUACCUGUUUACAGUGCAGCCAAACAAACUCACAACUUAAUAAAGAAGUCAGUCAAAAAUAAUUGCGACAGUGAUUUGAUUUAAUGCUUCACAAGGCACUGUAAAGUUGGUUACCUUGUUAAGGAGUUAGAGAUGUGCAGCCUAUUCACUGUGGCUUCUUCUUGUUCCAUUACUCACUUUAAAACUUAAAAAAUGGCCAUUGUCCUUUUUUGUACACGCAUUAUUGAUGAAAAAUCGUGGUUAGCGCUAACCUCAGUGACAAAUAAAAUGCGUUUCCAUUGACUCUUCACAAUAAAAGCCACCCUGUGUUUUGCAGUUGAACACUUGUUGUUGGGUUGAAAUGUUGGGUUUGCAUUGGCAGUACCUUUAAUAAUGCUCUGAUACGGCUGUAGGAGGCUGAACAGUAAACAAUGAGUCUGAUAUCCAUGAGAUAAAAUUAAAAACAGUAACACUGGAUUACAGGCAUGCAUCAUUUCCUGUGAACCCCUGAUUCCAUGAAAAUCUUAAGGAUUUUAACUUUAAAAAAAGCACUUUCCUUUGAGAAAGUCUUUUCAGUCUACUGGGUAGGUUUUAUUUAUGGCUGUGCAAUGGCCCAAUAGGGUACAAGUCCGAUUAAGCUUUUUUUUCAUGUCUAUGACCUAUGUCAGUGAAUAUUUGUGAUCCUGUUUGCAUUUGGUUUGUAAUCCUAAAGAUCCUUGCUUGCUUUUUGUGUUCCUCUUUAAAAGUAUAUAAAUAUAACCAGCUAUCAUUUUGUA